CUCUCUUUGAAGAAGCGCCGCCUCGAGACCUUCUCCUCAAAUCUCCGUCAAGAACCCCAUCGCCGCCGGAGAUGGAGGACGACGACGAGUUCGGAGAUCUCUACUCCGAUGUCCUCAUCGCUCCCUCCCAUCCACCCCCGAAGCCUCCUCGCGCUGCCGUCCCUGAUGAUGACGAUGAUGAUGACCAAAUUCUCUUUGGAUCUUCACGCAAAGAGGGAGGACCUUCCCAAACCCUAGCUCCGGCGAAGGAGGCUGGCGAUGAGGAUGACUGGAUGCUGGGACCUGCUCCUGUCGCCAUUGAACAGCCGGAGAAUUGGAGCGAGGAGGAUGAUGGGAUUGUGUUGCGGGCGAAGGAGAGUAGGGUGGAAAAGGAGGAGGUUCGUGGAGCUAGGGUUUCUGAAAUUCGUGAUGUGGAGGUUGCGAAUAACGAGAUCGGGGAUCUGGAUCGAGAAGGAGAACCGAUCAUCCCUGGCCUCUCGACGGGGUCGUUUGUGGCUCCUGAGAACAAGACUUCUAGGAGCGAUGACUGGGAUAGUGAUAGCGAUGAUGAUUUGAAGAUCGUCUUGAAUGAUGAUCACCGAGGGCCGCUAGGUGGGGAGAUGGGGAGGGGGAUUGGGGACGAUGAUGAUGACGAUGGUGAAGAGGAUCUGGUUAUCGUCAUGGACGAGGAUCAGCCGCACCAUCACCUGCAGGGCACGGAGGAGCAGGAGUGGGGAGAAGAGGGGAUUCAAGGGGCUGCGGAUGGAGAGAAGGAAGGUGGAGAUGGGGCGAAGGCUAACAGCGUGGUUGGCGGUGCUGCUUCGGGUGCAAGGAUCGGGUACAGCAACCAUGGGUUUCAUCAACAGCAUCACUCAAUGUUCAAGUAUGUAAGACCUGGCGCUGCGCCUGCAGCUGGGAGCUCUAUGGUUAGUUCAAUUGGUGGCCCAGGUCAACCUCGUCCUCCUCUUGCCACUGGAAUAGUUGGUGGACGUGGCAGAGGUGAUUGGAGACCUGUUGGUGGCAGAGGCCUUUCUGCUGCACAAAAGGGCUUUCAUUCAGGCUAUGGGAUGCCUGGUUGGAAUAAUGGUGCUGGCCGUGGUUUUGGUGGUGGCUUGGAUUUCACUCUCCCCUCCCACAAGACUGUGUUUGAUGUCGACAUUGAAAGCUUUGAAGAAAAACCCUGGAGAUAUCCAGGAGUGGAUAUUUCAGACUUUUUUAAUUUUGGGUUUGAUGAAGACAGCUGGAAGAAUUAUUGCAAGCAACUGGACCAACUUCGGUUGGAGUCUACCAUGCAAAGUAAAAUCCGUGUCUAUGAGAGUGGUCGUUCAGAACAGGAGUACGAUCCAGAUUUGCCACCUGAACUUGCAGCUGCAACAGGCCUUCAUGAUAUUUCUGGUGAACUUCAUCGUGCAAAAGCUGAUGGUGGAGAAGCCGAUAUUAAUGGCCAAGGAAGAGUGCUCACUUCUAUUCGGCCACCAAUUCCAACUGGAAGAGCAAUACAAGUUGAAAGUGGUUAUGGUGAACGGCUUCCUUCCAUAGACACCCGACCACAACGGCCACGUGAUUCAGAUUCAGUUAUAGAGAUUGUCUGUCAGGAUGCUGUAGAUGAUUCAAACAACUAUAGUGGUGCCUUAGAGCAAUCUGAAUAUGAACCUGUAGGAGAUCAUUCGAAAGGAGUUCGUGAGGUUGAUGAUGAGUAUUCAGAAUAUAAUAAUCGUUUUGCGCAUGGUUACAGUGAUAGAAAGAGGGAAAUGGUGUCUCGGAGAAUAUCCUGCACACCAGAAAGAGAUGACAUUAUACCUUUCUCUUCUGAUCCACCUAUUCAUGCUCAACCGCAUUCUAAAUUUCGUGGUCCUGCGUGUACCAGUGGGCCUUCUGUCGAUGAUGAUGGAAGGUCGGCAGCUGGAAGAAGACAGCGCUCUAGUGUUAGUAUGGAUCGUACAAAUGAUGUUAGCCAAAGCCAAAGUGCCUUGUCAGACAAACAUGAGGAUCAUCAGGAAGAGAAGUUGGGAAACAGUCCAAUGCGUCGCCAACAAGAUGCUUCACCUGUUGAAAGUACAAGGGAGCUGAGCACAGAACCAAGAGACUAUGAACCUGAUGACAGGAUUGCACUUGGUGACAGCAUUGAACUGGAAGGAGAGGAGAUAGCAUCAGAUUCCCGAGUUUCACCUGGUACUCUUGAUGAUGAGAGAUUUGGUCGUUCUGCAAAGAAACAAAAAUUAAGUUCAAGGGUUGAACAAUCUACAAACCAGGACAAUGGUGAUGGCAGUAGUGAUGAUUUGAAGGCUACAUAUAGUGACAACAGCAGAGCAAGGUCAGGAAGUGGCAAGGAGUAUCAUAAGCGACAUGAAGUUGGUGAGGAAGUCAUGCAGGGUGAGCAGCUGAGGCGAGUCAGUGGUAUGAGGAAGCGCUAUGAGGAAGAGGAGCGAAAUUUCAGCCGUAAAGAUGAUUAUGGCCGAGAUGGUAGACUAGAAAUUGAAAAAAGCCGCAUGGCUUCCAGAGGCCGGGUAGAAGCAUAUCACUCUUAUCCACAUAGGGAUCUAGAUUCCUAUCACCCUACUACUGGUGGUAGGAGGGAAGGGUUUGACCGACUAAAGGACAGAGAUAGUGCUGGUGUCUGGCCAAGGAGAGAGGAUGACGUUCAUGUUAGACGAUUAAAAGAUGAAGAUCUUAGAAGGGAUCGCGGUGAUGAGGCUGCAAUGAGGAAUAGGAAUAAGAUUAGGCCAAAUGACAGGAAAGAUAAAGAUGAAAAUCAUUUGAAGAUGCGGAUGGAUGAUGGAGAUUGGAGAGGCCGUGAUCGAGAAGGUAGUUCAAGGCAGAGGGAAAGGGAUGACAUUAUGUUAAAUCGCAGAGCAAGUUUGGAAGAUCCCCAUGUCAAGAGGAGAAAAGAAGAAGAACACUCUAGGAGAGAGAAGGUUGAUAAAGAAGACUUGCAUAUUCAUAGGGUUAGAGAAGACAUUGGCAGACGUAAAAGGGAACGUGAUGAUGUUGCUGACCAUAGGAGAAGGGAGGAUGUGAGUAGAAGGCGGGAGAAACCUGAGGACCAGCAUGCUGGGGUUCAUAAAGAUGAAACCUGGCGACAGAAGGAGAGAGAAGACAGACAUCGGCUUAAACAACCUCAUGAAGAUGCACAGAAACACCGGGAUAGAGAAGAAGGGAGAGCAGCUAGAAAUGUACGAAUGAGAGAAGACAAAUCUGUUGCCAUAGGUGGCAAUGCAAAGAGCAAGGAUGAAUUGAAGGUUGCAGGUCCUGAUAAGGACUCACAGCAAAAAGAUAGGAGACGGCACAAUGAACCGCACAGGAGAGGAGACAAGGCUGUUGAAGAAAAUAAUCUGCCGCAUAAAGGGCGUGAAGACAUGCUUACACGAGAGAAUCAGUUGAAUAAUGAGAGGAACUCAAGGGGUCCUUCGAGUGCUUCUGAUGGCCAACAGAUGUACAGGGAGAGGCACAGGGAAAAUAUAAGGAAAAACAAUGACACUGAGAUCCCUGACCAACAUUUUCUGGGACGCGGAAGGAGGGAUAAUGAUGACCACAGCACUCGCCGAACUGACAAGGUGAGUGCAAAAGGAAUGGAUGAGCAUGAAAAUAACAAUUCUUCCAUUCCACACUCCAAGUUUGUCGAUGGCCAACUUGAAAGUGCGCAACUGCAUCAUUCUUCUGGAGAACAUGGAGAAGACCAUUCAGAUGAUGAAAACCAGCAAGACUCAAGAAGGGGGCGAUCGAAAUUAGAGCGUUGGACCAGUCACAAAGAGAGAGAUUACGCUGCUUUGGACAACUUGCAGAAUUCUUCCUUGAGUUCGAAGGCUGAAAUCCCUAAGACUGACAAAUCACAGUGGGAGGAAUUGUCAAAGACCGAGGGUAAUAACACGGGUGAUUCAGAACACAAGGAUAUAGAUGCAAAUCAAACAUCCGGCAAGAACGGAGAGGACCACAGUCGCCAUCUCGACACAGUAGCCAAGCUUAAGAGGCGAAGCGAGCGUUUCAAACUUCCCAUGCCAGGUGAAAAGGAAGCAACCACAACCAAGAAAGUCGAGACUGAAACACAAACAACUUUGAAUGAGGCUGUUGUUACUGAUGUGGAAAUCAAGCCGGAGCGACCUCCGAGGAAACGGAGGUGGACCAGCAGCUGAAGAAUGACACUUCAAACUGUGAAGCUUGGAAUCAAGAUUUGUUGCCUGCUUUCUGUAGGGUCCAUCAGUACCCCGGCUCUUCUCAGGCUUGUAUCCCAAAUCUUUGGGCACCUGAUGCAGUUGGAUAUAAUAGGGCAGCAUCACAAUGUUUAUUAAUUCCGAGCCACCAUAACUCGCUGUCACUAUAUAUGGUUUAUCACCGUCUUUUGUACACAUGAUAUACCUAAACACCGAACAUGAACACACCCCUUGUACUGAGUCCACAGAGAUGUACUUUUUAUUUUUCUGGUGGAUUCCAUGAACUUGUAAUGCAGGAGAUUACAUCCGGGGAAUGCCCUCGGCCGCCUACUGGAGAUUGGUUGCUGUGAUGGCUUCGGCCUCAUCCGUGAGAGCUUUUAUAUCAGGCUGCAAAAAUGUAUCCAAGUAUCUGGAUCAAGUGGUGAUAUCAGUUGACAGUGGAGAGAGCUGCUCUGUGUUAAACCAUGCUGUCAUUCUGCUGCAGGUGGCUAAAUGAAAAAAAAUACGAAAAAAAUGGAAGUUUUAUGCCGGUUUUGAUGUUUGUUCUGCAGGCUAACAGGCAGGGCUCUUGUUUAUACAUUAGCCAUCUGAUGAUUGAUGGCUUGAUGAUUGAAAAUUUGUGGUGGUGGAAAUUGUUGCUUAUGAUGCGCUACCAUGCAAGUCAUAUGUUGAUUGCUUGGCUGAUAGUGUCAAAGUUUCAGUAUUAGGAUUGCUUGAAAUUUUUAGAGUCACACAAUCACAUAUUUGUACAAAUUAAGAGGUUUAAUCAAGUGGUUAACUUUUAA